AGAGAUAAGGGCGUAAUUAAUAAUGACUGAAUCAAAUACUACAACCACCACCUUUCUUGACAUUAUUAACGAUGUCGACUCAUUCAAGUUGAAUAACACUUAUUACAAGUUCUUCAGUCAUGAUGGUGUAUUAUUAGGAUAUAUAGCUCCCUCAAUCGCCCAAUAUUUCCCUGGACUACCAAUUACUACCAAAUCAUUUGAGAUCAACAAUGUUGAACAAACUAUAAAAAUUGGUAGUGAAUUCGAUACACUUGAAAAAAGAAAUGAAAUGUUUAACAAAGUGGCACUUGAAUGGAGAGAUAACAUUACUCAACUUGAACAUAGAUUGAAAAAAGGUUGGAGAAAUGAAUUGUAUACCGUAUAUAAUCCAACCAGUAUACCAUACGCCAGAAUUGAACGCGCAUUCUCGGUAUUAUUAGGUGUGGUGACUUAUGGUACCCACAUUAACGGGUACAUCUCAGAGCAAAACUCUUCCAACGGGAAAUUAAAAAUGUGGAUUCCUAGAAGAGCAGCUAACAAACCAACAUACCCUAAUAUGCUUGACAAUAUGGUGGGUGGUGGAUUAGGGUACCCUUAUGGUAUUUGGGAAACUGUGGUCAAAGAAUGUUACGAAGAAGCAGGAUUAUCAGAAGAUUUUGUUGCUUCACAUUCAAAGUGUACUGGAGUGUUACUGUACUUGUAUGGAACAGCUGAUGGACGUGUCCAACCAGAAGUGGAAUACGUUUAUGACAUUGAAUUUGAGAAUGAGCAUGAAGUUGUUCCCCACCCUGUUGACGGAGAAGUUUCGGAAUUUAAACUUUUGGAUUUGGAUGAAAUAUUAGAGAAGCUUAGAAACAAAGAAUUCAAACCAAAUUGUGGAUUGGUCAUUGUUGAUUUCUUAGUUAGACAUGGUUAUAUUACACCUGAAAGUGAACCAAACUAUUUUGAAAUUGUUACAAGAUGUCAUACAAAAUUUGAAUUUCCCACCAGAUAAACCUGUAUAUAUCAUAUAUAUAUAUAUUCUAUAUAUACUAUAGAAUUUCUUGAGCA